AUGUCCAGAAUGUCGCGACGGGACGCUUCGUCCUCGCCCUUCGCCUGGACAACGGUCCUCUAUCUCCUCCUCGUCUUCAUUGCACCCCUUACUCUUCUGGGGACGGCACACGCGGGGGAUGAUCAAGUGCCCAUCAAGGAAGAUUAUGGCACCGUAAUUGGCAUCGAUUUGGGAACGACAUACUCUUGCGUCGGAGCGAUGCAGAAUGGCAAAGUCGAGAUUUUCGUCAAUGACCAGGGAAACAGAAUUACUCCUUCGUACGUGGCCUUUACGGACGAUGAGCGGUUGGUGGGCGACGCGGCGAAGAAUCAGUACGCUGCGAACCCGAAGAGGACGAUCUUUGAUAUCAAACGUUUGAUUGGUCGGAAAUUCGACGACCAAGACGCCCAAAAGGACAUGAAGCAUUUCCCCUUCCGUGUUGUCAACAAGGAUGGCAAGCCCCAGGUUAAGGUUGAGGUUAACGGCAAGGACAAGGUUUUCACUCCUGAGGAGGUCUCCGCCAUGGUCCUGGGCAAGAUGAAGGAGAUCGCCGAGAAUUACCUUGGAAAGACCGUCACCAAUGCCGUCGUCACCGUACCCGCCUACUUCAACGAUAACCAGAGACAAGCCACAAAGGACGCCGGCACUAUCGCCGGUCUCAAUGUUCUCCGUGUCGUCAACGAACCCACCGCCGCAGCUAUCGCCUACGGUUUGGACAAGACUGGCGAUGAGCGCCAGAUCAUCGUCUACGAUCUCGGUGGAGGUACCUUCGAUGUCUCCCUCUUGUCCAUUGAUAAUGGCCGCUUUCGAGGUCUUGGCCACCGCCGGUGGAUACUCACUUGGGGUGGCGAGGAUUUCGACCAACGUGUCAUCAACCACCUCGUCCAGAUGUACAACAAGAAGAAUGACGUCGAUAUCACCAAGGACCUCAAGACCAUGGGUAAGCUGAAGCGCGAGGUUGAGAAGGCCAAGCGUACCCUCUCUUCCCAGAUGUCCACCCGUAUUGAGAUCGAGGCCUUCCACAACGGCAAGGACUUCUCCGAGACCCUGACUCGCGCCAAGUUUGAGGAAUUGAACAUGGAUCUGUUCAAGAAGACCCUCCGCCCUGUCGAGCAGGUGCUCAAGGACGCCAAGGUUAAGAAGUCCGAAAUUCACGAUAUCGUUCUCGUCGGUGGUUCCACUCGUAUCCCGAAGGUCCAGGCACUCCUUGAGGAGUUCUUUGGCGGCAAGAAGGCCUCCAAGGGUAUCAACCCUGAUGAGGCUGUUGCCUUUGGUGCUGCUAUCCAGGGUGGUGUCCUCUCUGGAGACGAAGGUGCCUCUGAGAUCGUUCUCAUGGAUGUCAACCCCUUGACCCUUGGUAUUGAGACUACUGGAGGCAUCAUGACCAAACUCAUCCCCCGUAACACUGUCAUCCCUACCCGCAAGUCCCAGAUCUUCUCUACUGCAGCUGAUAACCAGCCCGUGGUCCUUAUCCAAGUUUACGAAGGAGAACGCCCCAUGACCAAGGACAACAACCUCCUCGGCAAAUUCGAACUAACCGGCAUCCCUCCGGCUCCCCGAGGCGUGCCCCAAAUUGAGGUCUCCUUCGAACUUGACGCCAACGGAAUCCUCAAAGUAACCGCCGGCGACAAAGGCACCGGCAAAGCUGAAUCCAUCACCAUCACCAACGACAAGGGCCGCCUCUCACAAGAAGAGAUCGACCGCAUGGUCGCUGAAGCUGCCGAGUUCGCGGAGGAAGAUAAGGCGAUGAAGGCUAAGAUUGAGGCCCGGAACGCUCUAGAGAAUUAUGCGUUCAGCCUAAAGAACCAGGUAAAUGAUAAGGAAGGGCUCGGUGGCAAGAUUGAUGACGAUGAUAAGGAGACGCUCAUGGAAGCCAUAAAGGAAGCCACCGAGUGGCUCGAGGAGAACGCCGCGACGGCCUCAACUGAGGACUUCGAGGAGCAGAAGGAGAAACUGUCCAGCGUUGCCUACCCGAUUACGAGCAAGUUGUAUGGCUCUGAGAGCGGGGCUGCUGGUGGUGAAGAUGACGAGCCGAGCGGACAUGAUGAGCUGUAG